AUGAAUACCUCGUUCAGUUCUAAGGACCCGUCGACGUUGUCAAAUUAUACCAAAUUCGACGUGACCGAUGGGGCUCUCGAUAUGGACAUUGACUUCGACGCCAAGGUCGUCCAUGGGCGUAUCACCUACCAGUUAGUGGCGCGUGAAGACACCAAGUCAAUCGUACUUGACACCUCCCACCUCAAGAUCCGCCGGGCUGCUGUCGGUGAAGUUGAAGUGGACUACAAAUUGCACGACCGCAAGGAGCCAUUGGGUUCGGCCCUUGAGAUAUUCUACGACUUUAAGCAAACCGCUCGGACCACGGUGACGAUUGAUUAUACCACUACCGAUAAGUGUACUGCUCUCCAAUUCUUGGAUAAGGAGGUCACCGAUGGUAAGAAAGCACCCUAUUUGUUUUCACAAUGUCAAGCGAUCCACGCUCGGUCGAUGGUGCCUUGUUUCGAUACCCCUUCCGUGAAACUGACCUACGUCUUGAGUGCCACCUCACCUUAUAAGGUGUUGAUGAGUGGUCGCUUCAUCGAGAAGAAGGGUGACAAGUAUUUCUUUGAACAACCAGUUCCCAUCCCUCUGUACUUGCUUACCGUUGCUCUGGGUGAUAUUGUUGGCGCACCCAUUGGGCCUCGUUCGACCGUUUACUCUGAACCAGUGGGAAUCAAAGCUGCCCAAUGGGAGUUUGAGGCCGACAUGGAACACUUCUUAGAGAUUGCCGAGAAGUUGGUGUUUGAGUACGAGUGGGGUACUUACGAUGCCCUUGUGUUGCCAGCAUCAUUUCCCUAUGGUGGUAUGGAAAACCCCAACAUUACCUUCCUCACCCCUACUUUGAUUUGCAAGGAUAGACUGAAUGUAUCUGUUGUGGCCCACGAACUUGCCCACUCAUGGCUGGGCAAUUUGGUUACUCUGAAGAACUGGGAACACUUCUGGCUCAAUGAGGGUUGGACGGUGUAUCUUGAACGUCGUAUCAUUGAAGCUAUUACCUAUGCUGAUGCUAAACGCAAGGGCAAAGCCAAUCCUGAACAGUUUGCUGCCCAAAUGCGCUCGUUCCUCGCUAUCAUUGGUUGGAACGACUUGGAGAACUCCGUAAAAGCUUUUGGACCCGAAUUGUCUCAAUAUACCAGAUUGGUUUUGGAGCUCGGCUCCGCUGACCCUGACGACUCGUUUCUGUCGGUUCCUUACGAAAAGGGUUCGCUGUUGUUGGUUCACAUCGAAGAAGUUCUUGGUGGGAAGAAAGUGUUUGACCCAUUCAUCCCUCACUACUUCAAGAAGUACCGCUACAAGCUGGUCGACACCAAGGAUUUCUUGGACACGUUGUACGAAUUCUUCGCUGAUAAGAAAGAUAAGCUCGACAAGAUCGAUUGGGAUACCUGGCUUUACGGCGAGGGUAUGCCCCCCAAGCCCAAGUUCGACACUACGUUGGCCGACGAAUGCUUCAAGCUUGCCAAUGAGUGGAAGGCUGCGACAAAGUCGGGUGACUACGACAAGUUCUCCCCGAAGGAUGUGGAGUCAUUUGAAGCCAAUCAGCUGGUGGUACUUCUCGACACGCUCAGCAGUUUUGAGAACCAGAACGACUUCCAUUGGGCCGACCAUGCUAAAGCUUUGGAGGCGAUGGACAAGGCAUACCCCAUUUACAGCGAUACUCAAAAUGCCGAAAUCAAGUCGCGCUUUUACAUGUUGCAGGUCACCGGGAAGUCCAAGAAGUACUGUAAGCUUUUGGGAGAAUGGUUGGGUGAAGUCGGGCGUAUGAAGUUCGUGCGUCCCGGGUACGCUAUCCUCAACGAAGUCGAUCACGACUUGGCGGUGGAAUACUUUACGAAAUGGGAGAACACGUACCACCCCAUCUGCCGGGCGCUCGUCAAGAAGGAUUUGGGCUUGUCGUAA